CGAAGUAUUCACCUAUCACUACCUCCCCGUUAUUUCUCCUUCGUCAAUGCGCAGUUUGACAUGUCCGGGUGCCUUUUAUUCUUAUGAGUAAUAUACUCGAUCGAACAUCGCGGAGAUGCCUCGCAAUGGCAUGGAUACUGGGCCGAAGCCGACUGUAAUGCCAGACGCUCUGGCUCGCUUUUGCCAACGUUCAUAUCCAGCCGUGGACUAUAUCGCUUUAGCAUGUUUAGCAGGGAUAUGGGUUAUGAUCCAACUUUUCGUGGACCCAUUCCAUCGCAUGUUUUCUCUCGAUAAUAGAUCUAUCCAGUAUCCGUUUGCCAUCGUAGAAAGAGUCCCUAUGGUAUGGUCCAUUAUCUAUGCCGGAGUCGUCCCACUCCUGAUCCUGCUUUGCUGGGCGGCCAUUUUCCGCCCCAAACCAUACCAGGUUCAGGUCACCAUUCUCGGGCUGCUUGUCGCGCUUAUGUUGACGUCCCUGAUUACGGACAUCAUCAAGAAUGCGGUUGGAAGACCUCGACCCGAUCUUAUCUCGCGGUGUAUGCCGAAGAAGGGCACUCCGGCCAACACCUUGGUGGCCUGGACGGUCUGUACGCAGUCGAACAACCAUAUACUCCAGGAGGGAUGGAGAAGUUUCCCGAGUGGUCACAGCAGCUUUUCUUUCAGCGGGCUAGGAUACUUAUCAAUGUUCUUCUCUGGACAACUGCAUGUAUUCCGCCCUAGAGCUGAUCUCUGGCGCUGCAUUCUGGCUUUAAUACCGAUGUUGUGCGCGCUGAUGAUCGCAAUCUCUCGCCUUGAGGACUACCGGCAUGAUGUUUACGACGCUUAUGAAAUCGUCGGUCCAAAUGGCUUCUCUAAAUUGCCAAGCGAUGAGGAACAACAGAUCCCAGAACGAGGGCUAGACUCACGCGGCUGGGAAACCCAAACAUAUCAGCUGGAGGAUCUGCCGUCUCAUCACGAUCGGUUGCACCAUCCCUCCUCGACUACUCCUGCAUAAAAAAUGGAAUAAUGGCACCACAAACCUUUCCUUACGAAUGGUUUACUCGCAAGCAUGCAUACCCUGGUGGUAUGUGCACAUGUACGAUGACUACUUGCAUAUAUGUAGAAUAGCGUUAUGAAUUUUUGGAGCAGAC